AACUUCUGCUGGUGCGUUUCUACUGACUAACCCUGUAUAUAUAGAGGAUUGAACACCGUUGGAGUGCUCAUCAGAGCUUUGGUGGCUAACGAACCCACCUCGCCAGAUUCACGCAUUCGAAUCUGCCGCGAAAACGACAGUGGCGACGAUCAGGACGUCACAAAGCAAACCGAAUAUGUGUCUCCUAUACUGAUGUAUAUACAUACACACUCGGGUCAAAUUUCCUUAGGUUAAUGUAUAAUGUUUAUGAUUUGACUUGUAAGUUAGGCUUAAUUUAGCAUACAGCAUAAGAAAACGUACAGUCGGAAUUAAUUUCUGUUAUCGUAGAAACGUGAUUUCUAGUUAUAUCUUCAUUUAUUUGAGCAAACGAUGGUUUCCUCGCUGUGCUACCUAAUUUUACCAGUAGUAAUGAUAAUAGGUUUAUUAAGAAAGUGUAGGGAAUAUUCUUGGGGAAGGUGCAAGAGUAAAAUUUCUCUCCAUGACCGGGUAUUCAUCGUGACAGGUGCAAAUUCUGGUAUUGGUAAAGAAACCGUAAAAGAAUUGGCGAAACGUAAAGCCAGAAUUAUUAUGGCAUGCCGAGAUUUACAGAAUGCCAAAAAUGCCAUUUCUGAAAUACGAAAUGAAACUUCUUCUGGAGAACUGAUUCCUAUGGAGUUGGAUCUUGCAUCGUUAACUUCUAUUAGACAUUUCGCUGCAGAAGUUUUAAUAAACUUUCCAAAGAUUCAUGUACUUAUAAACAAUGCAGGAGUGUAUGCACCACUUAAAGAUCGUGCACUUACUAAGGAUGGUUUUGAGAUUCACUUUGGUGUUAAUCAUCUUGGUCAUUUCUUACUGACCAAUCUUCUUCUAGAUAGACUGAAAGAGUGUGCACCAAGCAGAAUUGUGAUAGUAACUUCAAAACUUUUGGAGUCUGGUACCAUAGACUUUUCUAACCUUAAUGGAGAAAAGGGUCUAACUACCAAGGGCCGUAUGAAUCCUGGUUACUGCAACUCGAAACUUGCAAAUGCAUAUUUUGGUGCUGAACUUGCCAAAACAACUGAGAAUAGUGGUGUUUGUGUUUACAUGGUCUGCCCUGGAUUUACAUACACUGGUCUCUUCAGAAAUGUAAAACGGAGCUGGUUUCACUAUAUUUUGUUCUCACCAGUUGCAUUAUUAUUUUUGCGUACAGCAAAUCAGGGAGCACAGACAGUAUUGCACUGUGCCACAGAAAGUUCACUUGAGGGAGAAAGUGGACAUAUUUAUCGUGAUUGUAAGGUAUAUGUUUCUAAAAUGAAAUUAGAACCUGAUAUAGCUUCUAGAUUGUGGGAGGUUAGUGAAAGAUUAACAGGACUUGAUCAAAAGCACAAGUAGACUGUUAAUCUCACCAUACGAAAUCUGUGGAUUAUCAGCUAGUUUUAGUAGCAUGAUCAAUGUAUUUUGAUUUUGUUUUCUGAUCUCAAAGGCGCAUUACAAUUGGUUCAAAAAUAUUGUACAGAUUGAAUGGCUUUGUUUUGUACUCUAGUAAAGUUAUGAUUGUAAAAAAGUUAUAGAGCUUCAUAUAAUUUUCAUUUACUAAAUGAUAACUAAUUGUAAUUUCUAUUUAAUUAAUAAUUAAAGUUCUUAAGUGUUUCUCA